AUGGCCGCGGCGCACCAGACGAGGAUCGGAACCGACCUCAGAGACACCAGAGGCACUGACGGUUUUUGGCAGCGAUUUACCGUAAAAAUGCUCGCAUCGCUUAGCAGCGCUGCUGGGCUCCUCUUCGCGCUGUUUCUCGUCGAAAAACAGGUAGUACUCCUCCUGGAAACUACUCGAACUUACGCUCUGAACUUGUCCCAUUUAUACGUACAACUACUCACACCUGUAAAAGGUGUAUACAAACACACAGGGAUCAGGUGCGUACGUGCCGGUUUCCGGCCGUAG